UGUCAGAUGGCAUCACUGUUGCCCAGGCAACACCUCCACCUUAAGGCAGACAGGAAGGACACAAACCACCCUCAACUGUAAGACACAUGUUACAGAACAGAGACCUAGAAGAUGUAGCUACCACAGGAACACUACAGCCAUGGCCCUGGGGCUUUUCCGGGUAUGUCUGGUGGUGGUGACAGCCAUCAUUAACCACCCCCUGCUGUUCCCACGGGAGAACGCCACAGUUCCCGAGAAUGAGGAGGAGAUCAUUCGCAAGAUGCAGGAACACCAGGAGAAGCUGCAGCUGGAGCAGCUGCGCCUGGAGGAAGAGGUGUCACGGCUGGUGGCCGAGAAGGAGGCCCUGCAGCAGGCAGAAGAGGAGGGCCAGCAGCAGUCAGAGGCCCACACGUCCUGGGACCUUUGGAGCACACUCUGCAUGAUCCUCUUCCUGAUCAUCGAGAUAUGGCGGCAGGACCACCAGGACGGGCCCUUUCCAGAGUGCCUGGGUGGAGAUGAGGAUGAGCUGUCUGGACUGGGGGGCAGCCCACUGCGGGGCCUUCCCCUGCCCAAUAAGGCCACCCUGGGCCACUUCUACGAGCACUGUAUCCGGAGUGCCACAGGUGAUGCCACCCGCACCCGGGAGUUUGUGGAAGGCUUCGUGGAUGACCUGCUGGGAGCUCUGAGGAGUGUCUGCAACCGAGAUACUGACAUGGAAAUGGAGGACUUCAUUGGCGUGGACAGCAUGUAUGAAAACUGGCAAGUGGAGAGGCCACUGCUGUGCCACCUGUUUGUGCCCUUGGUGCCCCCAGAGCCCUACAGCUUCCAUCCAGAGCUCUGGUGCUCCAGCCUUUCCGUGCCCCUGGAUCGUCAGGGCUACGGUCAGAUCAAGGUGACUCUGGCUGACGGGGACCCUUUAGGCUGUAUCUGCGACAAGACUAAGCUCGGGGAAGACAUGCUGUGUCUCCUCCAUGGCAAGAAUAGUGGGGUGCGGCCCAGUGGCGGGGGAAGUGAUGAGAUGGAGGAUUUGCUGUGCUCCAGAGAGUCCUCGAACCUAGAUGCCAUGCAGGUCAUGAAGUGGUUCCAGGUGGCUCUCACCAGAGCCUGGCACCGCAUCGCCCACAAAUACGAGUUUGACCUUGCCUUUGGCCAGCUAGACACCCCAGGGUCUCUCAAAAUCAAGUUCCGCUCAGGGAAGUUCAUGCCCUUCAUCCUGACUCCUGUGAUCCAGUGUAACGACUCAGACCUGUUCUUUAUCCCACAACUUCCCAAGGAGCCCUUCAGGGGAACCCCAGCCUCCAGCACUGACUGGCUCCUGUCCUUUGCUGUCUAUGAGCGACAGUUCCUCCGGAUGACAGCGAAGGCUUUGCCGGAGGGUGCCUGCCACCUCAGCUGUUUGCAGAUCGCCUCCUUCUUGCUGUCCAAGCAGAGCCGCCUGACAGGCCCCAGUGGGCUGAGCAACUACCACCUCAAGACUGCCCUGCUGCACCUCCUGCUGUCCCGGCGGGCUGCUGACUGGAAGGGCACCCAGCUGGACGUGCGCCUGCAGGAGCUCUUCUGCUUCCUGGAGAGGAGCCUCCUGGAGAAGAAGCUCCAUCACUUCUUUGUGGGCAACCGCAAGGUGCCUGAGGCUAUGGGACUCCCAGAGGUUGUGCGCAGAGCCGAGCCUAUCAACCUCUUCCGGCCCUUCGUUCUGCAGCGGACUCUCUACCGCAGCACAGUGGACUCCUUCUAUGAAAUGCUUAAGAAUGCCCCGACGCUCGUUAGCGAAUAUUCCCUCCAUGUCCCUUCAGACCAUGCCAGCCCACCACCAAAAGCUGUCGCCUUGUAGAGCCCGAGAUUCGAGGGCCGGGGGAGAGCAUCCCAAGCGUCUGCCUUACGUGGGUUCUGUAACCCAUGCAGGAAACACAGUGGGCCUGGA